AUGUUGCCGGAGCAAUUGGCCGUGGUGACAAGUUCGGCCUUGGUCGCUUUACAGUUCUUGAUUUGGUGUGGCUUGGCGCGCUGCCCCGGGUACUGCAAAGACGGUCACAAAUGGAAUGCCAUUGUGCAAGGCAGCAUGAAGACGCAAGAAGGAAAGGGAAAGCGGAAACGCAAAUCAUCUGAGGAGCCUCCAGAAAGGCAGCAUCCUCUUUUCCGAUGUUACUACCGCCCAGCAUCCCCCAAGAAGCGCGGACGCCCGAGCAAGGCCAGCCUAGCGGAGCUCGAGGGGAAAGAGCCCGUAUACAAAGGUGUGCAAUGCCGGCAAGCUGCUUCAUGGCGCAAGUUCUGUCCGGUGGCAGAUUUGCUACCAGAUAGCAUUGGGCCCAAGAAGCUGGUGGCACUUUUAUACUGGUUCAGCCAGUUGACCGGCAUUCAAAAGGCUGCGGCCUACACUGGUUGCGACAGGGGGACCGUAGGCAAACUCUGCAAUAUUAUCCGGUCCUACCUCGUCGCUUUUCUGCUGAAGCAGAACACCCAGCUGUUGGGCAGCCAUCGGCACAUUUGUUGUGUCGAUGAAUGCUUCCUGGCCAAGCGUAAGCCAUCGAAGGUACUCCGCGGCCGCAGCACACGCCCCAUGCGUAUGUUGGUGGUCGGCGUCGUGGAACUGGACCGUGAUAGUCGGAAAGAAACCGGUCGUGUGGUUCUACGGUUGGUGCGGAACAGAUCGCAGGGACAACAUGAGAAGGUCAACCACAGCCUGAACCAGAAGGUCAAUGCAGAAGGUUUGGGAACCAAUCCUGUGGAAGGCCUAUUCUCCAGGGUUCGGCGAUUCUUGCGCCAGAACUACGUCCGGAUGCCUUCGCGCAAAAACUAUGGGUUGCUGCUUGCAGAGUAUUGCUGGCGACGCAGUGUCUUGGGGGAGCAGACUUUGCCCCCCAGACAAUGGCCGAAAGCAGCUUUCUGGCGUUUGUUGGCGACCAUGAAGGAGGUAGUUCCGCGAGAUUACCUGGUCAGGCGAGCUUCCUACAAGCAAGAGGACGGAUCCUUGCUGACGGAGGAGCCCUGGGAGGGCAAAGAGUCCGACCGGAUUGAUUUCGGAAAAUUCAUCCCGAAAGAUGUCAGGCGGACCGGGCACGACACCGCAAUGACACCAGAAGACGUUUACUGUGCGCCAUAUUACCGCAAUAACGUCGAAUGGUCUUUGGUGGAAGAGGACUCGGCCCAAGCUGGGUUUGCCCGGGUCUUGCCCAUGGAGGAUCCAGACCCCAUUUUCGAUGAAGGCGACGAGCCCACUGGCCAACCCAGGCGACCCCCAUCAAGGCGAGGCAGGGGGCGGGGCGGGAUGCGUGGAGGCCGGCGAUGGUCCCGACCACUCAGGGGGGAAGUAUCUGGCCGAUGGUCUCGACCACUGCGGGGGGAAGCAUCUGGCAAGAGUGGGCCAGUGCAGCCUUUAGAUCUGGAUUUGGAAUCCGAGAGGGAGGGUGACCUGCAAGGUGAAGCGGCAGUUCUUUUGGAUCUUGACUUCCCGGAUCCCUUCGCCGAUUUCUUUGAGCCCGAGAAGUCAGACAAGCACCAAGCCGGAAAUGUGGAUUUCGAGGUCCUUCUCAUCACCGGGGAUGGUGCUUGCCUUUACCGCGCCCUUCUCCUCGGCACACAGAUCCGUUCUGGA